AUGGUGACUGCUGGAGAGUUGAAUGAUGAAUGUGUGUUUUGCAGCCAGCCGCUGGUUCCUCGGGAGAACAUCACAGCGUGGAUGAACGCUAUCGGCCUGGUCAUCACUGCCCUGCCUGAGCCGUACUGGAUCGUGCUUCACGACCGUAUCGUGAGUGUGAUCAGCAGUGCGGUUCUGAGUUCGGAGACGGAGUGGGUGGGUUACCCGUUCCAGCUGCUGGACUUCACCGCCUGUCACCGCUCGUACUCAGAGAUGCACUGCAGCUACAUUCUGGCGCUGGCUCACGCCGUGUGGCAUCACUCCAGCAUCGGACAGCUCUCCCUCAUACCCAAGUAAGACCUCACGCCCGUCUCAAAAACACCCUGCACACUGAACCGUUCCCCACACCUGCCGCUGGGGCAGAGACACCUUUACUGGCCAUCUUAGUAGCCAUUAAACUGCAUUGUUUUCAUUCUUAAAGUUAGGAUGCAUUCUGACCAAUAAUCAGGGUCCCUGCGGUUCCUUAAAAAGACUUGAAUUCAGUAAAAACAAAUUUAUGGUCAUAAAAAAUCUUAAAUACUUAAAAGGCUUGAUGAUCAUUUCAAGAGGUUUAAAUGUGGGCAAAAAAGCGGUAAUCAUGAUACGACAUCAUUUAAAUGACCAAACUUUAAAAGCCUAUGAUUUCUUUAAAUAAAUAUGAGCGCUGCA